GACUGCCUCCGCUGCGCUGCCUCGGUCGCUCGCUCUCUCGUGUAACGCAGUCCCGUCUGUCAACAUGGCGAAAAAGAAAUUGGACGAAAAAGCGGAUCAUAGUGAUAUUGUGCGCAAUGAGGAUGGUUCUUCCAACGAGGAGGAACCCAACUUCAGCGAUCCGGAAGGAUAUGUCGAUGAUGUCAGCGAUGAAGAGUUACUUGGCGAGCUGCUGCGUCAGAAGCCUCAGGAAACCGAUGGCGUUGAAAGCGUCAUUGUCGUCGACGGCGUACCAGUUGUCGGACCUGAUCGUCUCGAAAAACUCAAAUCGGUGGUGAACAAACUCUUCACCAAGUUUGGCCACAUUGUGAAUGAAUAUUAUCCAGUGAAUGAGAAGGGAUUUACUAAAGGCUACAUUUUUCUUGAGUACACUUCUCCAGUGCAGGCUGCAGAGGCUGUCAAGCACACCAACAAUCAUAAACUUGACAAGACACAUACAUUUUUGGUGAACUUGUUCACUGACUUCAGCAAGUAUGAGAAGAUCUCAGACAAGUGGGAGCCUCCAGAACCACAACCAUAUGAGGGACAAGGUGAUAUGCAUUACUAUAUGUUGGAGCCAGAUGCGUACGAUCAGUUUUGUGUUGUCAACGGGCCCGGGCGUUCGGUGCAGAUUUGGCAGAACACUCAACCUGAUCCCACUUGCAUCCAGGAUCGUCAGACGUGGACGUGGAGUUACGUGAAGUGGUCGCCGUUGGGUACUUACUUAGCGACAUUCCACCAGCUGGGCAUUGCGUUGUGGGCUGGACCCAAUUUUACGCAGUACAAGCGCUUUUCGCACAAUUCAGUGCAGUUUAUUGACUUCUCACCGUGCGAAAAGUACCUUGUUACGUACUCGCCCCAGAUUGACACCGAUAAUCCCGAUCAGAAGCGUAUUAUUAUCUGGGACAUCAGGACUGGCUUGGAAAAGCGUUCGUUUGAUCCGGAAGGGCCCUCCGCUUGGCCGAUUUUCCGUUGGUCGCAGGAUGAUAAGUACUUUGCGCGCAUCGGCACAGAUGUGCUGUCCGUGUACGAGACGUCUUCCUUCUACCUGCUGGACAAGAAGUCAAUCAAGAUACCCGGCAUACGCGAUUUUAGCUGGUCUCCCACCGAUAAUGUAAUUGCUUACUGGGUGGCCGAAGAUAAGGACGUACCUGCACGCGUCAUUCUUCUUGAGAUUCCCAACCGCGCGGAGAUACGCAGCAAAAAUCUGUUUAGCGUUGCUGACUGUAAGAUUCAUUGGCAGAAGAGCGGUGACUACCUCUGCGUGAAAGUCGACCGGUAUGCCAAGGUGCGCAAAGAGAAGAGCGAAUACAAGUACUCCGGCAUGUCCUACAACUUCGAGAUCUUCCAUAUGCGUGAAAAACAGAUUCCGGUUGAUAGCGUCGAGUGUAAGGAGCCCAUUCAGGCGUUCGCUUGGGAGCCGGUCGGCUCCAAAUUUGCUUACAUUCACGGCGAAAGUCCGAACAUCUGCGUCAGCUUCUGGGGCAUUCGCGUUGGUCUUGCUCCGGUGCAGUUGAAGAAGUUCGAGAAACGUGCAUGCAACCAUCUGUUCUGGUGCCCCAACGGCCAGUAUAUUGUUUUGGCCGGCGUGGGCAGCAGCGGAGGAGGAUCUCUUGAGUUCGUAGAUACGAAAGAGUUCUUGGUGAUGAAUACGACCGACCAUUAUCAAAUGUCGGACGUCGAAUGGGAUCCGACUGGUAGGUACGUGGUGACCGGUGUUUCAGUGUGGAAGACUAAAGUGGACACCGGGUACUGGAUCUGGUCCUUCCAGGGCAAGAUCCUAAAGCGUAUCAAUCAGGAGAAGUUUGCGCAGCUACUGUGGCGCCCGCGCCCCAAGACGCUGCUCACCGAAGCAAUGCAGAAGGAAAUCAAGAAGUCGCUGAAGAAGUAUUACCCUCAAUUUGAGAGCAAAGACCGCAUGCGACAAAGCAGAGCUAGCAAGGAACUUAUCGAAAAGCGCGCGGCGCUCAUGGAGAAGUUCUCGCAGUACAGGGAAAAGAGGGUCAGGGAAUACAAUGAACACAAACCUAGGCGUUUGGCACUUAGGAACAAUGUUGAUACAGACGAGUUGGACGCAGACACAGAAAAUGUUGAAGAAGAAAUUGUGGAAUUCUUUAUCAAGGAGGAAAUUACGAUGCUUGACUAGUCCGCUGUCUGGGUCCACGUUCUCUUGUAAUUGGAAGUUCAUCGUCAACAAGUUCCAAUUGUAACGCGCAGCCUUUUCGACAAGUGUGCUCUUCGACUAUUUGACCAUAUUCUUUAAUCAAGGCCUUUUUUCAAUAUUUUAUUAGGUACAUUUAUAAUUUGUCUUCAAUUAAAGUUCAAGUUUCAGUUUUUUCUUUUCGGUUAAGCAUGUAUUAUUAUAUUUGUAUACUUGUUGUAAGGCGUCUCAAGCUUGGAAAUAAAUAUUUCUUUAGCAUCA